AAUUAGGGGAAGGAAGAGACGUCUCUUGUUGGACACGUGUUGAUAGGAAAAGAAAACGGUGCUUUCCUCGACGAAGCAAACUCGUCUUCUUCCUCGUCGGACCACUGAAGCUCAUCAUCGGUUUCCUCUUCUUCUAUGUCGCUAACGGCGUCAAUUUUGCAACUAGGUUCGUCCCUGAUUUCUGCAAAAGUGAGGAGGAGGCGUCCGUCUUGGCGCUUGGCGGAGAAGUUGUUGUGCGACGGCACAGAGACAGCCUCGAGAACUAGUCGGCCGUUUUCAUCUCAAUCUCUUUCGCAUCAAAGAGAUGAAUGUUGCUUUUGGAGGUGUGGAGCAUGUGAGUCAGCAGCCUCCGCGUCAACCUGACCAGACAGGAAUCUUAAGUGCUCUUGCUCUCCCUGGUAUUGGGUUCUUUUCCCAUACGAAGAAGAGUGUUAAAUAUUUUAACUGGGAAAAUCCGGAGUUGGCUCCAUGUGGAGUCAUAAACUGUGGAAACAAUUGUUUUGCGAAUGUGAUUCUACAAUUUCUAUCAUGGACACGUCCUCUUGUUGCUUACCUACUAGAGAGAGGCCAAAUGAAUGAAUGUGUGCGCGACGAUUGGUGCUUCUUCUGUAAAUUUGAAACCCAUGUCGAGAGAGCAAGCCAAAGCCGAUUCUCUUUUUCACCGAGAAUGCUUUUGUUAAUUCCCAUGCAAAAGGAUAAGCUGAGAAUCCCAAAAAUAUCCUAUCCUUCUUCCACGUGUAGAUAA